AGGUCACUGACGAGCCCAGUGGGGCAUAAGUAACUGGGCUUGUAAAACUCAAGCAGGAAGCCAGCAGUCGUCUCUAAACCCAGGGAAGGGAAACAGGAAUCGAUUAGGAAUGAAGGAUUAUAAUCAACUUUCCUUCUAAGGAAAAACUGGGAAACUUCUCAUUUUGACUCAUGAAAACUAAGCUGAGCUGACUUCUGCCGAAUAUCUAUUAAUUAGGCAAAAUGGGCCUCUUGCCCACGAUUUGACUUUGCAGCACAGCCAGUUCUUUUUUCCCUCUGCAGCUGAUUGGCUCUGGAGUGUGGCCAGAAGCCUCUCUCCCGCAAUUAAAGGAGCCGGGUCUCUAAUUGUUGAUCUGUUGCGUUUUUUUUUUUUCCUCCGCUUCUGAGCAAUGGAGCUUACCAUCUUUAUCCUGCGACUGGCCGUCUACAUCCUGGCAUUUCCCAUGUACCUGCUGAACUUUCUGGGCUUGUGGAGCUGGAUGUGCAAAAAAUGGUUCCCCUACUUCUUGAUGAGGUUCUCUGUGAUGUACAAUGAACAGAUGGCAAGCAAGAAGCGGGAGCUCUUCAGCAACCUGCAGGAGUUUGCGGGCCCCUCUGGGAAGCUCUCCCUGCUGGAGGUGGGCUGUGGCACCGGGACCAACUUCAAAUUCUACCCACCUGGGUGCAGGGUGACCUGUAUUGACCCCAAUCCCAACUUUGAGAAGUUUUUGAUCAAGAGCAUUGCUGAGAACCGUCACCUGCAGUUUGAGCGCUUUGUGGUAGCUGCCGGGGAGAACAUGCACCAGGUGGCCGAUGGCUCUAUGGACGUGGUGGUCUGCACCCUGGUGCUGUGCUCUGUGGAGAACCAGGAGCAGAUUCUCCGUGAGGUGCGCAGAGUGCUGAGAUCGGCUGGAGUGCAGCGGCGCGAUCUCGGCUCACUGCACCAGGAGCAGUGGCUCAUGCCUGUAACCCAGCACUUUGAGAAGCCAAGGGAGGGGCUUUUUAUUUCAUGGAGCAUGUGGCAGCUGAGCGUUCGACUUGGAAUUCUUUCUGGCAACAGGUCCUGGAUCCUGCCUGGUACCUUCUGUUUGAUGGGUGCAAUCUGACGAGAGAGAGCUGGAAGGCCCUGGAGCGAGCCAACUUCUCUAAGCUGAAGCUGCAGCACAUCCAGGCCCCCCUGCCCUGGGAGUUGGUGCGCCCUCAUGUCUAUGGAUAUGCUGUGAAAUAGUGUGAGCUGGCAGUAAAGAGCUGAAUGGCUCAAAGAAUUUAAAGUCUCGGUUUUACAUUUAAAAUGCUACAUGGGAGAAGAGAAACCUUUUUUUGUUUUGUUUUGUUUUUUAUUUUUGAGAUGGAGUUUUUGCUCGUUGCCCAGGCUGGAGUGCAGUGGCGCAAUCUUGGCUCACCAUAACCUCUGCUCCCAGGUUCAAGCAAUUCCCCUGCCUCAGCCUCCCAAGUAGCUGGGAUUGCAGGCAUGGACCACCACACCUGGCUAAUUUUGUAUUUUUAGUAGAGACAGGGUUUCUUCAUGUUGGUCAAGCUGGUCAUGAACUCCCAACCUCAGGUGAUCUGCCUGCCUGGGCCUCCCAGCAUGAGCCACCGUGCCUGGCCUGAAAUCUUUUUUAGGUAAAGUUGAAUUCCAUCCUUAAAAGUUUCUGUUAUAUCCUAUUUUCUAUCAUCUCCCAAAGAAUUCACAUCAAAAAAACCAGUUUGAACUCCCUCUUCAAAGGAAACACUGAACUUUCAUAAUUAACAUCUACUAUCAUCCCCAAAUCUUAGUUUAUUCAUCGACUUCAAAUUUUUUUCAAAUUGCCUCUUUUUUUUUUUUAAGCCUAGAGCAGAAGUUUACUAGGCAAAAGAAAGAGAAUAGCUCUCUGCUAUAGAGAAGAGUCCUGGAGAAAUGGGCCUCCCCAGUUGUCUUAUUUAAAUGGUUACCCAUCAGAUUUUAAUUUCAUCUUCUCUUUGAGAGCUUGGUGAUAAGAAGCAGUUAAAUCACUCAAAGAAGACUUCAAAAAGGGAGCAGUGAAAAGGUCUUAAUAAUUCAUUGAAUUAAGAAAUACUAGCUAAUUAAAAAUCUAAGUCUAAACAGCACAGAGUUUCUUUUCUUUUUGCUUUUAAAUUGUGUUUUAAAAACAGAGACAGGGUGCCAGGCGCAGCGGCUCACACCUGUAAUCCCAGCACUUUGGGAGGCUGAGGCAGGAAGAUCACGAGGUCAGGAGACCAGCCUGGCCAACAUGGUGAAACUCCAUCUCAAUUAAAAAUACAAAAAAAAAAUUAGCUGGGCAUGUUGACGGGUGCCUGUAUUCCCAGCUACUGGGGAGGCUGAGGUGGAGAAUCUUUUGAACCGGGUGCCAUUGCACUCCAGCCUGUGCAACAAGGGCAAGACUUCGUCUCAAACAAACAAUACUAACAACAACAACGUAUAGAGACAGGGUCUCACUAUGUUGCCUAGGCUGGUCUUGAACUCCUGGGCUCAAGUGAUUCUCUCACCAUCACCUCUCAAAUUGCUGGGAUUACAGGCAUGAGACUGUGCCUGGCCAAAAUAGCGCAAGUUUCUGAAAAAGAAAUCUGAACCUAUUUGUUGUUCUUAAUUCUGGCUUUCAGGAUUAACAUCCAAGGCUGUCACACCUGGUGCUGCCCAGCUUUAUGUCUUAUUCCAGUACUCCACCAAAGUUUGUUUUCUUGCAUUCCAGUUCUCAAGCCUUAAGAUAAAGAUUGUACUUGACACUUUAGUAUAUCCAUAAAACUAUUUGAGGCGGUUAAGAUUCUUGGGUUCAUUUUCCUUAUUAUCUAGCACAAACUUUGCUGAAUAUAGUAGAUUGUAGGCAAUGAAAAAGCCCAUUAUUAGAAAAAGCUUUAAUAAUUAGGUGUGCUAUGUAGGAGCCCCUAAUCAUCAAGCAGUCUGUGAGUCUGUAAAGAAGUAAACAAAUAGUUUUUGGAUUAUUCUCAUCAAAUUCCACCCCUGUUCCAAGAUGAUUUCUUUCUUCUUUGCAACUAUGGAAGCUGUGAAAAUCAUCACAAGUGCCUCUGAAAGCAAGUGUUAGGUUGGUUAGAGGGUUUAAUAUUUUCUGCAAUGGUUUGUAUGAGUUUUAAUAAAUGUAGUAUAUUUUCUGAGAUGAUUUUGCAAAAGUACUAUUUUAAGUAUGAAACCAACCAAUAAAUUCACAUUCAUGUCAGGAACAGAAA